UUAUUAUUUAUUCAAAGACAUUGCCCAAACUAACUUUCUGAGACUUUCUUUGUGUACUAUUCGCCACUCACCAGUAAGGAAACCGGAAGCGGGAGCGUGCGCUCCAAAGCCCAAGAAUUGAGGACAAGCCAAAACUGACCGAACAUCUCCGGCCACAAUCCACCUUUUCCGGCUGUCAGUCAUUUUUUAGUUGACAUCUUUGUCAUAAAUUUCAAUUCCCGGUUGUGCAUCUUCUUUCGUCUUCUUAGUCUUUCGACUGGUCUCUUCUUAUUUGUUUAAUAUGGACCAGCAAUCGGUCCCGAUUCCGUCAGUUGUUCCUCCGUCUCUUCCGCCACCACCACCACCACCACCGUCGGCGAGCAGUUCUAAUGGAGGAGGAGGUUGCCAAGUUCGGUGUGCUGGUUGCAAGAUGAUAUUGACAGUCGCUGCGGGACUGACGGAGUUUGUGUGCCCUACCUGUCAAUUGCCGCAGAUGCUGCCUCCGGAGCUCAUGCCUCAACAACAGCGCAGCAGUGCCCUGGCUCAUGGCAUUGAUCCCACCAAGAUCCAGUUGCCCUGCGCUCACUGCAAGGCCAUACUUAACGUCCCUCAUGGCCUCUCUCACUUCGCUUGCCCUCAAUGUGGGAUCGACCUCGCCGUUGAUAUCUCCAAAAUUAGGCAAUUUCUUCCUCAUCCUGCUGCACUCCGUCCUCCUCCUCCUCCUCUUCCGCCUAUGCCUCAGGAAGAAGUCAACGAGGUUGCCAUUGAAGUAGAACGUGAAGAAGAUGAGGGUGGCAUGGCUGGAGAAACGUUCAUGGACUAUCGGCCUCCCAAGUUAUCUAUUGGACCUCCACAUCCUGAUCCUAUAGUGGAGACAUCUUCCUUAUCUGCAGUACAGCCACCUGAACCCACCUACGAUCUGAAGAUCAAAGAUGACUUGGAAAGCUCAAACGCACUGUCCUGCCUACAAAUUGAGACAUUGGUUUACGCUUGUCAGAGACACCUUCAGUUCCUUCCAAAUGGUACCAGAGCAGGAUUUUUUGUAGGUGAUGGUGCUGGUGUGGGGAAAGGACGAACAAUUGCUGGACUCAUAUGGGAGAAUUGGCACCACGGUAGAAGGAAAGCAUUGUGGAUCUCUGUUGGUUCAGAUCUGAAAUUUGAUGCAAGAAGAGACAUGGAUGAUGUGGGUGCUAUGUGUGUAGCAGUGCAUGCUUUGAACAAGCUACCUUAUUCUAAGCUUGACUCAAAGUCUGUUGGCAUCAGGGAGGGGGUUGUUUUUUCAACAUACAGCAGUCUCAUAGCAUCUUCAGAGAAAGGUCGGACCCGUUUGCAGCAGCUUGUACAAUGGUGUGGGCCAGAAUUUGACGGUCUCGUCAUAUUUGAUGAGUGUCACAAGGCAAAAAAUUUGGUCCCUGAAGCUGGGGGACAGCCAACACGAACUGGUGAAGCUGUACUUGAAAUCCAGGCUCGUCUUCCUCAAGCUCGUGUUGUUUAUUGUUCAGCGACUGGUGCUUCUGAGCCUCGCAAUAUGGCCUACAUGGUUCGCCUUGGUCUUUGGGGAGUUGGAACUGCUUUUCUCAAUUUCCGUGACUUUUUAGGUGCAAUGGAGAAAGGUGGAGUCGGGGCACUUGAACUUGUUGCCAUGGACAUGAAAGCAAGGGGUAUGUAUGUGUGUCGUACACUUAGCUACAAAGGUGCAGAGUUUGAAGUUGUUGAAGUACCUUUAGAGGCCAAGAUGCAG